AUGGAGUGUAGAGAAAGAUGUUUUAUCGAGAAGAAGUUAAAGAAUUUUUUAAAAAUAUGGGCAAAUAUAGAUGUUCCAGAUGGUCUGUCGAUUCAAGUGUGCUGGGAAUGCCUUGCUGCAGUCAGAUCUGCUGUGCGUUUCCGUGCCCAAAUUCUGUCUGCAUUUGAUGUACUCAUAGAAUAUUCUCGAAAACACACUUUUCUUAACUCACCAAGUGAUCUGUCUAUUCAUGCUAUGAGCCGUCUGUCUACUACAACACUUUCUUCGGAUCCCAUAUUGGCUCCAUUAAAGGAAGAGGAACAGCCUGCUUUGGACAUAGAUGUUGUCAAGAUUGAAGCUGAUGAUCCUAAAUGUGAUGAUGGAAAGCUAGAUAUUUGUGAACCUGAACCUGAAUUGGACGCACCACUGUCCCCUAAAUUAGAGGAGGCAACAGAUGUCUUUAUUGAUGAUAGUGAAUUUUUUGAAGCGAUUCCAUCGCCAGAUCAGGAAGCUUCUGACGAUGAUGUCCUACUGUCAAACUUGAAGAAAAAGAAGAAAAGAGGCAGGAAGACCAAGAAGGAGAAGAGUAAAAGAAAGAAAAAGGAUGAUGUGGAGCAAAAAGAAGAACAGCCACUGAAGCAUUCGAGAAAAUUGAAGAACUUGCCAGAUUUUGUGGAGCUGUACACAAUGACUGAAGAGGAGAUGUGGAGGAUAAGAGCAGAGGAUGUGACCCGGAAGGAGUUCGUCGAACUUAAAUAUAAGUGUGAAGAUUGUGUUAUUGCCUUCAAUACAGAGAAACUAAUGAAUUAUCAUAAGAAUGGAAAACAUCGACCGAAAAUGGAGGGCAACGUGCAGUGCGACGUGUGCAAAGCGUACUUCCUGACGCGCGACAACGUGGCGGUGCACCGCGCGCUGCACCUGGCCGCGUACCGCUGCCGCGCGUGCGGCGUGUGCACCACGCUCAAGCGCACCGUGCUGCGGCACGCGUGCGCUCUGCACCUCACCCAUGCCUGUCCCACCUGUGGGCAGCAGUUCACCACGAAAUCUAAAUUAGUAUACCACCGAAGCGUGUGCCAUCAGGAGCGACCACAGUGCGAUUGCUGCGGGAAGGUGUUCGCCAACAAAAUGACCCUCAAAUAUCAUUUAAAAAUACUCCCUCAGAGUAAACCCAAAGAGAAACUCCAUUUACCUUGCAAAGGCUGCGACAAAGUGUUUCACUCUAAGAAGAGUUAUAGAGCCCAUGUGGUGAUUCACAACGGGUUGAAGUAUCCGUGCCCGAUUUGCGGGAAACUAUUCAUGUGGAAACGCAACCUCGCCCGACACACUCGCAACCAUCGUGAAAAGGACGAGGGAGCUCUCUACGAAUGUAGGGACUGCGGUAAGAGUUUCGCGAGUCGCGACUGCUACAAGAACCACAUGCGGCUCAGCAAGCGACAUGUGCCCGAGGACGCGUAUAUCCACACGUGCAGUUAUUGCGGGAAGAAGUUCGCCACGAAAUGGUGUAUGGUGGACCAUAUAGACUGGGACCACCUGAAGCUAAUCAAGUACCAGUGCAAUGUUUGUUUUAAGCCCUUUAAAACGGCAAAAAUCUUGGUGGCGCAUAUAAACAAUAUCCACCAGGGAAAGAAGAAUAAGGAACCUGAGGAGGAGCACCUCUGCGAAAUAUGCGGGAAGUCGUACAAGUCGGCGAAAAGAUUAAAGGGCCACGUGUGGGCGAUGCACACCAAUCGGUCCGCGUCCAAGAGCUACAAGUGCAAGCUGUGCCCUGCCACAUUCACGUGGCAGACCUCGAUCUACAAGCAUAUGAAGAUGAUGCACGACAACAACAAGCGGACUAAGCAGCCCAGACCAAUACCAUCGGUAAAGAAGCAAGAGCCCUACCCGGAGAUCGAACUGGCGAACAGAAUGCAGUACUUCCAGCAGAAUCUCGCGAACAACUUAGUUCAAAACAUGGUGCAAGCUCAACCGGUCCCUAUUAGUAUUGUACAAAAUAUUGUUUAA